UUUAAAUUAGAAAAUUGAUUAAAAAAAAUGUAUAUGCUUUGAUUGAACUUAUUUGUCGGUUUUUGACAAACAGAAGUUAAUUAAACAGUUUAAUAUAUAUAUAUAAUAAAUAAAUAAAGAGACGAGACGUGAGUGUGAUGUUUCUCGGUGAAUCUCGUUGAAUUAUUUUUCUGCCCUUAUUCUUCUACUGUUACGCACAAUGUUACUAUGCUAACAUUAGCAUGUUGUUACGCACAAUGUUACUAUGCUAACAUUAGCAUGUCGUUACGCAUUAUGUCAACAUGCUAACAUCAGCAUGUCGUUACGCAUUAUGUCAACAUGCUAACAUCAGCAUGUCGUUACGCAUUAUGCCAACAUGCUAACAUUAGCAUGUUGUUAUGCAUUAUGUUACGCAUAAUGUUACCAUGCUAACAUCAGCAUGUCGUUACGCAUUAUGUCAACAUGCUAACAUCAGCAUGUCGUUACGCAUUAUGUCAACAUGCUAACAUUAGCAUGUUGUUACGCAUUAUGUUACGCAUAAUGUAACAUGCUAACAUCAUCCAGCAUCGGUUAUGGCUGCUCCUCGCGUUGCCUCUCCGGCUGCCGCCUCAGUUUUCUUCUUCUUUGGUUCUUGGUACCUGUGAGUGUGUGACUUAAAGUCCAGUAAAGUUCAUGAAGAAACUCCUCUCAGUUGCGUGUUCUCUCCCCUCUCGACUCACAUGACACAACAUGUGGGAUUUAAACGUGUGCAGCAUAAAGAACAUUACUCGCUCACCACGGGAGGAGAUACAUUUAAUGGCAAUAAAGAGCAGAAGAGAUUCUUUCACGCUGCAGAAUGACGGAUGGAACUCAGUAUUAUCGUGUUUUAUUUACCGGUUCCCUUUCCCGGUGUAACCAUUAGUUCGGUAAACUCCUCGGAACAAACAUGACCCCCCUCCUUCAGACCGGUAACCCUGUUGUCAGUUCCGUUCAGCAGAUCAGCUGUUGUGAUUUAAAUAUUCAAAACACAGAUGGAUCACAGUCUGUGAUGUCGCGUCUCCAGAGAGGAAAAGCUUCCAGCAGGAAGAGGAAGCUCCUCUGGGUGAGUUUUUGAAACAGUGGAUUGGAUUUGAAAUAACAGCAAUGAAUGCAUGUUUUUUCUACUCAAAGGGAGCUGGAACACACGUGUGGGAGUGAUUCUUCAUAGUUUUUACUUUCUUUCUGAUAGUUGGAUGUAAAGUUGGUGUUUUUAUUUUAUAGCAAGGAGAGAUUCUACAAAGCGCCAAUAUACUGUUUCUGUAGAGGUUGAAUGAGAUUUAAUGUAUGCUAAGCUAAGACAUAAAAGUGGUAUUCUCAUUGUGAUUUUACUCUCAGCAAGACGACAGAAGCAUUUCACCCAAAAUAUACAACUCAUUCUUCCCUCUUUGACAUGUUGCAGCGAGGCGCUGGGGGAAGGAGUCUGGAGCUGAACAGUUAAAGAUAUUUAUAUAAUAUACAUACACAUAAUAUAUAAAUAUCACACCAUGUCCAAGACCACCGUUGAUGUGAAGACCGAGAGAUGCCCCAUAGCUCCAGAUGGCUACAUCCCAAACUCUGUGAUCCGCAACUGGUGGAAGAAGGAGAAGCUUCUUCCCCAGACCGACAGCUGGGAGGACUACUUCCCUCGUCUUCUUCUGGAGGACGAAGACACAGUGAACGAUCAAGAGGAUCUGACCAGAUAUGAGGUGGUGGAAGAUAAAGAAAGGACAUGGUACGUGACUGGGUGGGAGACGGAGAGCGAAGAUGAGGAAGCAGAGGUGCAGGUAAAGGAGAGAAGAGUCCUCCCCAAGGAGUCCUACUUCGGCCAAACCAAGAUCGCUCUGCAGAACCUGCAGAGAACAUCUGAUCACGAUGGACAAAUAAAUAUGGAGCCUCGGAGGCGAGAAGUCAGCGACGACACAAGAGGGACGUUGAUCUAUAUAUCCACCGGCUGUCAACAAAACGAAGAAGAACGGAAGCUUCACGAACACGUCACACCUCCACUCCAACAUCUCAGUGAACAGAGAACAUCCAGUUUGAUAACCAACAAACUGGACAUGAUGACUUCGGCAAAUUUGGUGCCUCCAGAGGAAUGUCCUGUGCCGUCUGUAGAUGAGGUCCUUUCAAAGGAAGAAUCCAGGAUAGACUCAUACAAACCACCCGUAGAGGCCCAGAACAUGACUCCUCGCCCCCUGAAACUUUCUUCUUCGACCCCAAAAAACCCUCAACCCCAACCCGAUCUUGGGCCACAUCAUCUAAAGCCUCCCCCUCCAGCCUCUGAGGAUCCUCAACCACCAACGGACCUUGGGCCACAUCAUCCAAAGCCUCCAGCCUCUGAGGAUCCUCAACCACCAACGGACCUUGGGCCUCAUCAUCCAAAGCCUCCCCCUCGAAACCCAGAGGAUCCUCAACCACCAACGGACCUUGGGCCACAUCAUCCAAAGCCUCCAGCCUCUGAGGAUCCUCAACCACCAACGGACCUUGGGCCUCAUCAUCCAAAGCCUCCCCCUCGAAACCCAGAGGAUCCUCAACCCCAACCGUAUCUUGGACCUUCUGAGUUCUCACGAAUCAGUGAUAAGAGGUUCCUCCUAGCUUCCGCCCAACACAACAUUAUUGGAAACCAAACACAUGCACCCUUGGAUGACAAGGUCCUGCAGCUCUACAAGGAAUAUAAAGCUGGCACCAAAACCUCACUAAACUUUGGAAAACUGUCUACGAUCACCGAGCAUCUUCUUGCUUCUACGUCCUCCAUCGUUCAGGGUAAUUUUGGGGCGCUGAAGUCUGAUCGGCAGAAGAACCUGUACAAUCAUCUCCAAGAACUGAAGCUUCAUAAACAGAUCACACCUCCACUCCAACAUCUCAGUGAACAGAGAACAUCCACUUUUAUAACCAACAACGUGACUUCAGUGAGCUCAGAGCCACCAGAGGAAUCUCCUCUGCUGUCUCCGGAGGAGGUUCUUUCAAAGCAAGAACCCAGGAUAGCCUCAUAUAUACUACCUAAAGGGACCCCUCGUCCUCUGAAGCUAUCUCCAACACCAGUUAACCCUCAACCCCAACCGGACCUUGGACCAUGUCAUCUGAAAGCUUGCCCUACAAACCCAGAGGAUCCUCAACCGGACCUUGGACCAUGUCAUCUGAAAGCUUGCCCUACAAACCCAGAGGAUCCUCAACUGGACCUUGGACAGCCUGAUCGGAGGAAGAACCUGCGCGUUCCUCUCCCCGGCCUCUGCUUUCCACCGUCCACCAGAGGGCUUCCCGUCAAGCCUCCCGAUGGCAGACAGCGUGUCACGAUCGUCCCGCUGAUCUUACCUGCCGAGGCAGCAGCCUACCAGAGGGUGGUGCAGAACAUUCGGAUGACAGACGCCCCGGACCCUCGGCUGCUUCGGUUCCACCACGUGAUCCCGCUGAACGCCCAACAGAACAUCUUCACUCUGAAUGCCAGUGGCAAGACUCCGUACGGGAGGCUGCAGUUUGACUGGGCGAGGGGAUGAGAUGAAGCGAUGAUGCCGCCGGAUCUUUAGGUUAUUCAGUUGAACAAUAAAGCAAUCUGAUGCGUCAUAUUUUAGGCUCUAAUGUUGAUAGAUCGCAGAUGAUCACCAAGAGGCUCCUCAGUGCCUCUCGCAUGCUUUGUCAUAAAGACGGAUAAAUUAGAACUUUUUGUUUCCUGCAGAUUAUUAUUUUUUUUUAAGAUGUCUGAGCAACAGACAGAUGUAUGAAUAAUAACAAACAUGGAGUUGUGACAGAGCUUUAUUAACGCUUCUGACAUUACGUUUUAAUUUGACACAUCUGAGGCAAAACAAAGACGCAGGUGGAGUCAGAAACAUUCUACGUUCAUUCAUAACUGACAUUGAAACUGAAAUCAAAUAAGGUCGACGCUUCCGCUUUGUCUCAGGAGGUUUAAAUUAAACACGAUGUACAAUAAAGAUCUAUAAAAUAAAAGUAGUACAAUAUGGCAGCACAGAAUGAAGAGGAUUUUUUUUCAAUUUAAGGCAGAAAAACUCAUUGACAUGAUGAGUAAAACAUUAUAACUAAUUUGUUCCUUUGUAAUUUUAAAUAAAGUAAAAUAACUGGAUGAACUACAAAGAUGACUUGUGUAUUUUCUGAUUAUGAGUGUCUCAUAAGUCAUUCAUCCAUAUCCGUAUAAAAUAAACUACAACCUGAGAAAAAUGUCAUUUAAUUAUGUGAUUUUAAAUGUACACCAUGAAAAGGUCUAUAUCUUAUAUUAUGAGACAAAAGACUUAAAUAGAAGAUAUGGAUGGUAGAAAUUAUGCAAAUUCAUAUUUAGGAAACCGAGCAGAUGCAGCAGAGUUAAAGAAAUGAGUGUGAUGUUUUAAGUGUGUUGGUAUGAACUACUACACAGAGGACUGAGAACUAAAGAUGCGAUCAGUGCUUCAAUGACACCAGACUCCUUUGACCUCU